AUUUAACCACGAACCAACCAUAAUCAGUUCAUUAAUGACAGAAAAUAAAAAGUACACGAUAGAAGAUUUAAAGCAACAUCAAUCUAAUGAAGAUAUGUGGCUCUUAAUAAAUGGAAAAGUCUAUGAUUGUACAAAGUUCCUUGAUGAGCAUCCAGGUGGUGAUGAAGUUAUAAUCUCCGAAGGUGGUAAAGACGCUACUGAAGCAUUCGAUGAUAUCGGUCACUCUGAUGAAGCUAGGUCACAAUUGGAUAGCCUCUACAUCGGUGAAUUCGACGGUCCUUCAAAAGUUUCUUCUUCUUCACAAACUGGUACAAAAUCUUCUGAUACAAGAGCUUCACUUCUUAGCAACAUUUUAUUCCCACUAGUAGCAAUUUCUGCUUAUCUCAUUUGGCGUAUUUACUUUGCAAACUAAAAUCAUACAUAGAAAUUUCUCUACAUGA